CAAUGAAACCCUAAUCCAUCCUAAACAGAGGCGGCUGCCUCCACUCUCCCUCUCUCUCUCGGCCGAUUCUCUCGUCUUCUCCAGAACCAACCAGAAACCCUAACCCGCCGCCUUCUCGCCUCACCUCGCCUCGCCUCUCUCUCUUCUCGUUUCCUCCAAAGUAAACCGAAAACCACAAAAAAAAAAAAAAAACGAAGAACAAUCGCCCUCUCCCACUCUUGAUUCUAUACUCUGUUCUCUGUGCUCUCGGCUAGCUAAGGAGUCCGCUCGUUCCGUACUAAAUCAACCGAGAGGGUUUCAAUAUAGGUAAGAUCGAGACAUGCAUGGUCUUUUCGUUUUGUUUUUAGGUGAUUUUUAUUGGGAUUCGGCUAAUUUUCUUUUGUUUCCUUGUGGCUCUUUGAGGAUUGGUUUUGGACGAAGGGAAAAGAAGCAGGUAGGAGACAGCUGCAGCCGUCGGAGCAGUUGCCGCCGCCGGGAAGAAAAUCUGCCGCCGGCGCAGGGGCGGACUCUCUCUUGAUUUCGAAUACCUAGAGAUUUAGGUUUGUGAUCUGGUCUGGGCUCAAAGAGAGGAGAAAAGGAGCCCAAUGACUUUAAUUGAUGAGUCGGCCCAGUUUGAAAUGGUGUUCAAACUUCAAAUUUUGUUGUUGUUAUUAGUAACAGGCAGUCAUUGUAAUUAGUUUUAGUUCAUACUUUGUACCAUGUGUCAAAUUUAACUAUAAAGCUUCCGCCUCCAUUUCAUCUAUUACGCCCAUGUUCUAACCUCAAGCUUUGCACCUCUAUUAUUUUUAGAAAUGAUGUUUAAGAUUUGCCACUGCUAAUCUUAUUAUCUCAAUUAGUUCGAUCUUGUGAUCUCAGUUAAUUA